GCAAUUUCAAUAGCAGUUGUAAAUACAUGCAUUUACAUAAGCUGCGAUAAAUACCUAUCUAAAGGAAAGGGCCAAGGGAUCGUAAAGGGGAACGUAAGGAGGGUGCGGUACAGUGUGUACAGGACUGCAGCCACGUUCCAUUACAGUCGAGGCUCCCUAUUGACACUUGGCAGUUGGCCGCUCACUGAGCGGUUGUGUAUUUGGUAGCGUUCUUUGGCCUGUGGUACGAACUCGAUCGUAUAUAAAAAUUAUUGCGCGAACUUACGUAGAUCAACGAACUAUCCCGAACUUUUUGUGCUGGUUUUGGACUUUGUGUUGAAUCAAAGCAGUGAAACUAGUGUUUAAUAUGGAUUUAUCCUGUGGAGAGAACAUGCAGAACUCUGGCAGUAGCAGUGGGAGGUCCGUGGACAUGUGCGUCGCUGGUUCGGACCGUGCGCUUGACAGAGACCCUCGGCUGUUGCUGAAUCUCCUCACCCUGGAGAGGACCCACGCUCUUCACACUGACUACUUCCAGAAUGUUCAAAUUGAUAUACAGCCUUUUAUGCGGAAGGUUGUCACAACUUGGAUGUUGGAGGUUUGUGAAGAGCAACAAUGUGAGGAGCAGGUGUUUCCUCUGGCGGUGAGCUACAUGGACCGGUUCCUGGCGCAGCGGGCUAUCUCGCGGCAGCAGCUGCAACUGCUGGCAGUCACUGCCAUGCUGCUCGCCUCCAAGUUCCGCCAGUGCCACCCUUUAUCCGUCGACCUCCUCUGCGCCUACACUGACAAUUCUGUACACCCUAGUGAAGUCAGGCAAUGGGAAGUGAUGCUCCUUCAACGGUUGAACUGGCAAUUGUCAAUAGCGACAGCUUUUGAUUUCGUUGAACCGUACUUGGCGCGAGUACCUUGGGGUCGCGUCAAUCCUCUUGUGCGGACUCAUGCUCUCACACUCACGUCCGUCUGCUAUACUGAAACGGAGUUUCUGCUGGUGCCAGCAUCGUUGAUCGCAGUAGCUUGCAUCACGGCUGCUGCACGUGGCCUUCGAGUGCCCAUGUCCGUGAACGACCUUUGUGUGUUGACACGGACGCCUGCUGCAGCUGCUGAACUGGUCGCGCGGCAUGUUGAAAAGGUCCUCGCCCGCGAAACACAGCCUCAAGAACCCAGAACGAGACAUUCACAGCCCGUCAAGCAAACCAGCACAGAACAAACACAGCUCGCUACGACACCCACUGACGUACAAGACGUACACUUUUGAAACAAAACUGUUAUUGUAUAAUAGAUUCCAGGUUUACUUAUUCACCCGGAUUUCAAUCAAAAUUACAAUUCACUACAAUUCUCAGUUAUUUAUAUAUACAGGUCGACAAUACCCAGGGAUCUCAAUAAAAAGCGUUAUUUAUAUCCCUUUUUACAACGAUGCAACUGAACAAAUAUGGAAUCACUCGAUCUCACUAGUAUUGAUGAAAAGUUCCGAAUAGACGAGGGUGAACAUUGUCAUGGCAAACUAUUUUCGCUGCACACCUGGUUGGUAAAGAAAGACUCAAAGAAAAAAACAUUAUAAGUAAUAUAUUUCGUCAAUACUUGCUCGGAUAAAUAUGAAUUUGUCCAUUGAUCUCAAAUUAUUUAUGUAAAAAUAAUGCUCUAAAAUAGAUAUUACGUUAUUUAUUAAAUUAGUGUUGUUAACAAUGUAUAGAUGAAGUACGAUUCUACAGUACACAAAGUUUCAGUUAUUUCUACAGAUUUGAUCUCCACUGAUUCCAAAAAUAAUUAAGACUGAUUCUAAAACGUAAACAGUUUUCUUAGUUUCAUGUGGUUUCAAAAGAAGUCGGCGAGCUCGUGAGCUAAAAAGAAAAGGAAGAGUAUUACAACAACAGAUAUAGAAAGGUUGG